UGACAAUCAGAGUUUGAUUGAAGUUAAAUUUUCACGCCGAAAUGGUACGACUAUAAUGUUUGUUUCACAUCAAGUUGGUGUACAAAUUCUUAUCAAAAGUUAGUUAAUCUUGCUUUUAAACUAUAGCCAACCAAGUUUCUUUAAAAUAUCAAUAUCGCCCUUAAUAUAUUUCCUUAGCCACAGAAAUGUCUAUUUGGAUCGAUCAUAAUCAGACAACCUUGAACGCAUAACGAUUGCCCAUCAAGAACAAUUUCCAGCAACUUAAUGCCAAAAUAACAAAAGUUGCUAGCUGUAUUUCAACAACACCGUUAUGGUUGAAGUCACGUCUACGUAGUCUAGUUUCUCUACUUUGAUUUGCUGAAUAUCAAUCAUCUGUCCCUAUUUUUAUUUUGGAAUGGUAUCUGUGGAAUGUAACCUUUUCUCCUUCAUCCUACACCUUCUCCUCCUUUCGUCUUUGUGCGCCAUCGCACGAGUGAGCGGGGGUCCGACAUGGUACGACUGUCUAAAGAGUGCCUUCUACUCACAAGCUAAAGAGGAGUUCAACAGCAUAGAGAGACAUUUGACCCCCUAUGGGGACAACACCAUCUACCAGUGCAGUCAAAUUACCAUGGGGGAGCUGAACAACAUGUUCCAGUCCUACUUCCAGAACAAGACUCUGAUGCAGAGUGACUCUGUGUGUAAACAGAUGGACUCCACAGCUCUGAAUCAACAGCUGCUGUCCAUGAGUCAAGUCUUCUACCCCAUAUGCCACAGGGAGUCCCAGAAACUAUUCAAGGACGAGUACACGGGAGGCAGCGGCCUGAGCGUAGACACUAAACAGGGCUUCUACGAUGCUCUGGGCGUGAACAGACAUCUGUGUCCCGACUACGAGCCCUUCAGAGACUCCAUGUUCUCCUGCAACAAUUCAGUGGUGGGACUACCAGACCUGGCACUAGACGACUACCUGAAGAACUUCUGCGUAGGCUAUCGCAACCAGAGAUCUUGUUACAAAUCGACCGUGAAGAAAUUCUGUCCCGGUACAAAUUGGAGGAUACCUUACGACAGAACUCGAGUGCAGGGCUUCGAAGACGUCUGCCGAAUUGCAUCCGACUCCUACUCCCUUCUGCUCAAGCAAUCCACCCUCCCCCUCUCACUCGCCCUAGUCGCUCUCAUUCCAUCAGUUAUAUCAUCACUAAAUAACGCUUUCAACUUCAGUUAAUAAAUUCAUACUGAAUUUUGGUGAAACUGGACAACAAUUUCUAAUAUUAUUUCACCCGCAAAUUAUAGUAUUUUUUUGACGUCGAAUGGAUGGUUAAUAAUU